UCAAUGCUGUACUGACACGUCAUAGAAAACCGGCCCAGAUAUUUCUCGUGCAAUUCAACCACGUGUAUGUGGACCAGGCAGGGUUGUUGAAAUUAAACACAAAGGAUAAGUUACCCGUUUGUACUUAUGAACAAAUUGGGACCACAGACAGCGAUCACCAUUUCUUCGGACGCCUGUGUAACUGAUGCCGUGCAUAUCUUCAGAACGGAAGUCGCCGAUCGCCAUACGUCUUCCGGAUCCCCCGAACCUAAAAAAAUCAACAGCGAAAUGCAGCGUUCAGACGAAGGAUCCGUCAAAGCACUCAUCGUCUGCUUUGUAGGAAUUUUUGUGUGCUACUUCUACUAUGGAAUUCUACAAGAAAAAAUAACCAGAAGUGACUAUGGUAGCGGUGAAAACAAGGAACGUUUCAGCUACUUCUUCUGCCUCGUCCUCGUCCAGUGCAUUAUCAAUGCCAUAUUUGCCAAAUGCGUCUUGUUCUUCAGUAAGCCGGGUAAGGAUAAGACCACCACCAAACUCUACGCGCUGUGUUCCAUCACGUACCUGGGGGCCAUGGUAGCUAGCAACUCGGCUCUCAAAUACGUCAGUUAUCCUUUCCAGGUCCUGGGCAAAUCUUGCAAGCCGAUACCCGUCAUGCUACUCGGCGUGUUGCUUGCCAGGAAACGCUACUACCUCCUCAAGUAUUUCUGCGUCCUGCUGAUAGUUAUCGGUGUGGCAAUAUUUGUUUACAAGGACAGUAAAGCAUCUUCCUCAGCAGCUGAGAGUGUCUUUGGAUACGGAGAGCUGCUUCUGAUUGCUUCCUUGACCUUGGACGGACUGACGGGUGUGACGCAAGAGAAGAUGAGGUCAGAGCACCAGACGGGCUCCCAUUACAUGAUGGCCAACGUCAACCUCUGGUCCAUCCUCUAUCUGACAGUCACUGUCUUGGUGACUGGUGAGGGUUUACAUUUUCUGGAGUUUGUCUCUCGUUAUCCCUACGUCAUUUGGAACAUUCUCACCUUCGGAGUGGCAAGUGCCCUUGGCCAGCAUUUCAUCUUUGUCACGGUCACCACCUUCGGCCCGCUGACCUGCUCCAUCAUGACCACCACCCGGAAGUUCUUCACCAUCCUGGGCUCAGUCAUCCUGUUUGCCAACCCGCUUCUGCCCAGGCAGUGGGCAGGCGUGGCCCUGGUGUUUACCGGUCUGGGACUAGACAGCCUGUAUGGGAAGAGCAAACCCCAGCAACCCAAGUGAGGGCCAGUCGUUGUAGCAGGACACCUGGCAGGGUACAGUGUCAAUAAGUUACCUUGAUUGCGGUGUACAGUUAGCCAUCACCCAAAACAGAUUGGAUACAGAUUGAUGAACCCUAACUCGCCCCCCACCCAUCAAAACCCAACACCAGGCUAUGCUUUAUUUCAAUAGAUUCAGGACUGUUGACUGUUGUUGACUGUAUAACCCUAACACCAUUGCUAUCCAUGAGGCUUGACGUCCUGUGUCCAGUGUUGGAGUCGACUCCAUCAAAAACCCUUGCACGUUCAUCACAAGUCAUCCAUUUUGAAGCUAAGUCACAAGCUAUUCAAAUCAACUUGUGAGAGAAGCAUUCCUCAGUCCUUCUUUACCCUGUUUCUUGUGAAAGGACUCGCGAUGGACUCGACUGUCACACUGCCCGGUCCAGUUGGAACAAACACUGCAUGGUGAUGGUUAAGGGCAUGUUUAGGAACAAACAAGGGGAAAGACUUCAUAUCUCAGGGGAUUAAUAUCAGGAAGCUGUUGACCAGUACGACUGUGCUGAUUAUUCAGAUAAUUGAUCGAAUAUUUAAAUAUUCAUUUUUAAAAUUGAAUGGUGGGUAUUAAGAAUCCUUGAAAUAAAACUAUGAAAAUUCAAUUAUUUGGUCACAACAUUUCAUUCUAAAAGCACAUUUCGAGGGUUACAAGUAAACUGGGAAGCUGAAUGCAUAUGCCCAACAACAGAAAUGCCCCCCUUCCCCCAAAAUUGCCUUUAAUUUCUUAUUUCACUUUGUGUAAAACAUGUAUAUCUGGUUUAUUUUUGGAGCGGCUUGAUACAGCCGACUGAACUAAAUAUUUGAUCGAAUGGAAGGGUCGAGUAUCUGACUAUUCAAUGAUUCCAAUUGAUUCAGUCUUACUAAUUAGAUAUACCUGCUGAACGAGUGCUUUAUCGGGCCACUACUUACCUUCCAUCAUUUGGCUAAUAAAAUAAAACUACCAAAAAGUGGAAAUCUGAUGGAGAAACACUAACUUAGGGUUAAAAAAAAAUUCAAAAUUUCUGUAUAAGUAUUCGAAAUUUUUCUGUCAUGACCCAUGGACUUUGUGUUUGAGAUCUGAGGCAGUGAUUAGAUACGGAACUCUUUCCAGUACUCCUUACCAACUUUGCAUGCUGAGGAAAAGUAGCUGAAAACCAUUAACAAACUGCACAUUGUACAUGUACAUGGCCACUCGUGGGCCAGGAACCCGUUUCUUUUUAUGCAAACAUCUGUUCUGCUCAGCAAAUCUAAUGUGCUCAAAGCAGAUCCAUGAAGUUGGCUUAUGCUCAGAAGAAUCUGUCUUGCCUUAGAAUGACCACUUUGGAUAACUUAACACAUUUCAGCUUCUGAGGGGUACGGCUACUCACCAAGGAUCUGACUGUUUUGAUUCGAAUCAAUAAAUAAAUUGAUUAAAAAGAUUGCAUUGCCAUUUCGUAAUUGGGGAAGUUCCAAAUCUUUAUCUUUCUUUUGUGAAUAACAUUGAGUUACUGUUUGGGUUGCCACAUGUUAGCAGUAUUACCCAAUUAAAGACAAGUCUUUCAAGCUUUGACGUGUACAAAGAAAAGUCACACAAAAUACAGCAGAAACAGCAAAGAGUUUCUUAUCCGUAACUAAAAUUUCAUUGUCCACAAUACAGAAACCAAAUUAAAUGCUUUCCUACAAUGAAGAUGAGAGCAGCAACUUCAAGUACCCGUACUUCGCUUUUAAAAUGUGAAUUUCUGGAGGUUUUAUGUCACAUUUUGACAAAUAUUUCAUGUAGUUUAGUUUUGGAGUGUUUCAAUUCUGUAUACAUGUAUAUUUAAAAUGGUUUCUGAAAAUGUGUAUUUAUUUUUCAAAAUAAAUAUUGGCCUUUUAAAUAAACUUAAUGCCUAGGUUUUAUUUAGCCACUGAUAUUUUAAGAUUAAAAAACAAAACCUAUAAUCUCGAUCAUUGACCAUUUACGUCCAGAUAAAAAGCAUAACAAGGGUUGUCGUGUAAUAGUAAUUUGUCUAGUUCGUUGAAUUGCAUAUCAACUUGAACUUUUUGUGUGUGGUUGUGAAAAGUAAUUCCUAUCCUGCUUUUGACUGAAUAUGGGCGAUUCACAAUAGUGUGCCUCCAGGAGUUUGCAACGCGUUGACCAAUCACGAUGCGCGAAAUUUGUC